AUGGCUAAGAACCUAAACUCCAUCUGCUUUGCACUUCUCUUGUUUGUGGUCGUGAUUGCUUCAACUGGAUUCCUGAACAGCGAGGCAGUGGAUUGCCCAGGUGGAUGCUCUUUGCCAGGGCAACGUAAGUUCUUAGACGAGUGUGGGAUUGUGCCAUUCCCGGGUACAGAUGUUGAUUGUUGCAAAUGUUGCGCAGCCAAAUGGCCGACUCCUCCACUCUGUUGGGCGGUUGUUGAGGGAACCGAGAGACACUGCCAUUGCUAUCAACAUAUUUGA